AUGUCAGAAAUGACUUCGGCGGUGGUCAUAACCACCAGCAUCGUCGCGCUCCUCUCGGGCUUCGGGCUCGGCGUAUACUCAACCCGCGGCUGGCUCAUAUCCCCCGAUCUGAGGGCCGAGCGCGAAGCCAGUUUCAAAGACCCAGUCGAGAGCGAAGAGUCGGACGUCGACGAGGAAGACACCGUACUGGACCACGCACCCAACUGGGCCAACGGCGAGGAGGCCGACCGCCGCCAAGGGCUGCGCGCAUCAGCCCAAUCACAAUCGCAGCCACUGUCACAAUCACAAUCGGGGAGGCAGUCCCUCAACAUCAACCCAAACGAGGAGUGCAAGCUUGUAUUAGUAGUCAGGUCUGACUUGGGCAUGACCAAGGGCAAAAUCGCCGCGCAAUGCUCGCACGCCACGCUGGCAUGCUACAAGACACUCCUCCGCGCCGCGCAACGGGACCCGCAGUGCGCCGAGGCCAAGAUCCUGCGGCAGUGGGAGCGCAUGGGGCAGGCCAAGAUCGCCGUGCAGGUGAAGAGCGAGGACGAGCUGCUCGAGCUGAUGGGUAAAGCACGGAGCCUGGGCGUGACGGCCGAGGUGAUUGCCGACGCGGGGAGGACACAGAUCGCCUCGGGCAGCCGGACGGUGCUGGGCGUUGGGCCAGCGCCCAAGAGCAUGGUUGAUAUGGUCACGGGCCAUUUGAAGCUCUUGUGA